AUGUUUCGAUAUAACAUAUUGCUUAUUUUUCUCCUUCAAUUGAUUACGCUUGUUAAUUCUUAUAAACUUAUAGGGCGUUCGCUUCAUACUGCAAAUUACAUAAAUGAUAAAAUUUACUUUCUUGGAGGUGAAACAGAUACAGCAUCAUAUACAAAUGAUUUUUUUUAUUUAGACGUUUCGGCUCCCUUUACUCUAAAUUCUUUGCCAAUAGUUGAUUUGACCAGAAAUGUUCAGAUUGCUAAACUUCAAAGAGCAAGUUCAACCGUGUGUGGUCCUAAUAAAGAUACAAUCUUUCUGUUUGGUGGUUGGAUUGACAUCGAUGAAAGUGCUGCAUCAUUAGUUUAUACAUUCAACAUUAGCGUUCCACAAUGGACUAAUACAAAUAUUAGAGGACCUCAACCAAAUAGACGUGUAGCGUCAUCAGUUGUCUGUGAUGAUAAAGAUGCAAGGAUGUAUAUAUUUGGUGGUACUAACAACGAAGGUUAUAAAAAUGAUUUUGAUAUUUUAGACACAGAUCAAAUAACGUGGUCAUUGGGGAAUAGAAUAAAUAUCCCACCUCCUAUGGACUUGGCUACCGCAAAUUUAUUAUCGGAUGGGAAAAUCGUCUAUCUUGGAGGUUAUAGUAAUGGACAACUAAUUAGCAUGUCAAAGAUUUAUUUAUAUGACACCAUUAAUGAUGAAUGGUUACGAAUGAUUACAAUGGAUACUCCACCAAAUGGUAGAGCUUGGCACUCAGCCGUCUUAACACAUGAUGGUCGCAUUAUUGUCUACGGAGGAGUUCCGGUUUCCUCUUAUGAUAAAUUAUCGGUUCUAGAUACCACCGUACAACCCUUUAGAUGGAGUAUUCCCGAAAUUAUAUUUACCCCUAGUUCUGCACCAUACAUGGGACAUACAGCUACUCUUGUUGGAAAUUUAAUGAUUGUUGCAUUUGGUUUGAUCGAUAAAGGUUCAGCUCCUGAUGUUUACAGUAAUCAAAUUCUUAUGCUUGACAUCAGUGAUAAAUAUGAUUACAAGUGGGUCAUGAAUUUUACUCCAAAUACUACUGUACCGGACCCUGUACCAGCUCCAUCACCAGCUCCGGAUUCAAGCCAUAAAGCACUUUUUAUCUCAUUUGCCGUGAUAAUUAUUGUAAUUAUAAUUUGCUCGUUAUAUUAUUAUAUAUAUUAUGUUAGGUAUGCAAAUGCGAGAGAUCGUGUCCCACUAUUAUCUUAA